GCCGCUGCAUUUCAUAUGUGACUGAUAAACAAAAUCCCCUAAACGAACCAUCUCUCUCUAGAAAUUAAAACCCAAUGGAUCCGGCGAAAUUGAGCGAGCUCAAGAAGUUCAUCCAGCUUUGCAAAUCUAAUCCUUCCGUUCUCAAUGAUCCUACCCUCUCCUUCUUCCGCGAUUAUCUCGAAAGUCUUGGAGCAAAGCUUCCAUCAUCAUCUGACAGCCAUGGAGCCAGCGACGCCAAAUCGAAGAGUUAUGUGGUGGAGGAAAGUGACGAGGAAAUGGCGGAUGCAGGUGAGAAAAUUGAUGUAGAAGAAGAGGAGGAAGAAGAGGAGAUUAUUGAAUCAGAUAUCGAGCUAGAAGGUGAAACGGUUGAGCCUGAUAAUGAUAUUCCGCAGAAGAUGGGUGAUCCUUCUGUGGAUGUUACCGAUGAAAACCGGGAUGCUUCGCAAUCUGCUAAGGCCAAAGCUAUGGAGGCAAUUUCUGAAGGGAAGUUAGAGGAAGCUAUUGAGCAUCUGACACAGGCGAUUUUGCUGAACCCAACAUCGGCUAUCAUGUAUGGAACACGAGCCAGUGUUUACAUUAAGAUGAGAAAGCCAAAUGCUGCUAUUCGAGAUGCCAAUGCCGCUUUGGAGAUUAACCCAGAUUCUGCUAAGGGUUACAAGUCUCGUGGCAUUGCACGAGCAAUACUCGGGCAAUGGGAAGAUGCUGCAAAGGAUCUGCACAUGGCAUCAAAGUUGGAUUAUGAUGACGAAAUAAACAGUGUGCUUAAGAAGGUUGAACCCAAUGCACAUCGCAUCGAGGAACACCGUCGAAAAUAUGAUAGAUUGCGCAUAGAGAGAGAAGAGAGAAAGAUUGAGUGUGAGAGGCGUAGUCGUCGUGCUCAAGCUCAGGCUGAAUAUGAGAAGGCGAAGAAGCAGGAGCAAUCAUCCUCCAGCAGGAAACCUGGAGGCAUGCCUGGUGGGUUCCCGGGUGGAAUGCCUGGAGGUUUUCCUGGUGGAAUGCCUGGAGGUUUUUCUGGUGGGAUGCCUGGAGGUUUUCCCGGAGGUAUGCCCGGAGGUAUGCCUGGAGGUAUGCCUGGAGUCAUGCCCGGAGGUAUGCCUGGAGGCAUGCCCAGUGGGAUGCCUGGAAAUGUUGAUUUUAGCAAAAUAUUGAAUGAUCCUGAAAUGAUGGCAGCAUUUAGUGAUCCAGAAGUCAUGGCUGCUCUUCAAGAUGUGAUGAAGAAUCCUGCUAAUCUAGCAAAGCAUCAAGCAAAUCCCAAGGUGGCUCCUAUAAUUGCUAAGAUGAUGAACAAAUUUGCAGGACCCAAGUAAGAUGGAUUUCCAAAUUGUCUGGGGAAUAUUCAUGUUGUGUUCGUCUCUGAAGGAAACUAUGCUCCGUAAAAAAUGUUAGUGAAUCUGUUCGCAUGGUGGUUGUGUUGGUAAUUUGUUUUAUAGGUUGUAGGAUUUUGUACUUUUGGUUUCUUAAAUAAGAAAAGAGAAAAAAUCCCCCAUCGCUUUAGAAAAACCAAGUAGCGAGGUUCGUUUUUCCCUUCGUUAUACAUGCGAAUGUUUUCAGUCUUGCAUUGGCUUUGGUUCAACCUGGCUGCUAUUAUGUU